UUAUCAAACCGGUGGUCGCUGUUCCCGCCCCCGAGCUGAGGAUCAGAUCAGAGAUCAGCUGUCACUCAACCGGUCUCCGGUAAGUCUCUCACUCCGGAGUCACGUGGUCUAGAAGGUUUCACCUCAGUCUGGACCCGGACCAGGACCAGGACCAGGACCAGGACCCGGACCAGGACCCGGACCAGGACCCGGACCCGGACCAGGACCCGGACCCGGACCAAGACCCAGACCUGGACCGGACUGAGCAGCACCUGAGAGCGUCACAUAAACAGCUAGAGAUCUGUCGUCAAGUCGGCCAAUGAGAACGGUAGCGGUCCUCGGGGGAGGGAUCGGGGGUCUGGCUGCAUCCUACUACCUCUGCAAGAGCCCCCAGGUUACCAAGGUGAUUCUGGUGGAGUCCAGCAGUCGUUUCGGGGGCUGGCUCUGGUCCACCAGGAGAUCAGACGGAGCCGUGUUUGAACAUGGACCCAGAGGGAUCAGACCGGCGGGGGCGGUGGGACAGAACACCCUCAACAUGGUGGAGGACCUGGGUCUGGAGGGGGAGCUCCUCCCCGUCUCCUACAGCCACGUGGCCUCCAAAAACAGAUACCUGUACGUGAACAAACAGCUGCACAAGAUGCCUUCAGGAAUGGGGGGCCUCCUGCGGACGGUCCCGCCCUUCUCCCGCCCCCUCCUGCUGAGCAUCGCCACGGAGAUCCUGGGGAGAAGAGGAAAAGAGGAGGACGAGUCCAUCCACUCGUUUGUCUCCAGGAGGCUGGGGACGGAGCUGGCAGACAUCGCCAUCGACUCUCUGUGCCGGGGCGUGUUCGCCGGGGACUGCAGGACGCUGAGCGUCCGCUCCUGUUUCCCUGUCCUCUACAACGCCGAGCAGCAGAGAGGAUCCCUGACGCUGGGCUUCCUGCUGGGAUCAGGUCCACCUACCAGCGUGUCUCCUGGACCGUUGGCUCAGAGGUCCAGGCAGGAGUCGUGGGCCCAGUGGUCCCUGAAGACGGGAGUGGAAGCUCUGGCCGAGUCCAUCACUGAGUUCCUGCAGCGGAGCGGCCGGGCCGAGCUGCACAGAGACGCCGUCAUCACCGGGAUCAACCCCUCACACUCCGGGUGGAAGAUUAAUUUGGAGGAUGGAGUGAUCUCAGCCGACCACAUCAUCUCUGCUCUACCAGCUAAAGCCCUGUCGUCCGUCCUCCCUCCCUCCUGUCACACUCUGGUCCAGCAGCUGCAGGAAAUCUCCUCGGCAACGGUUGCCGUGGUGAAUCUGGAGUAUGACGGUUCUGUCCUGCCGGUAUCGGGUUUUGGUCACCUGGUUCCCUCCUGGGAGGACCAGGGCGUGCUGGGAGUGGUCUAUGAUUCCAUUCCCUUCCCUGAACACGACCGAGCCGGAGACCCGUCCACCAGACUGACGGUGAUGCUGGGGGGGGUCUGGUUCCAGGACGUGUUCGGGGACCCCAGGGCCGUCUCUGCCGAGUCUCUCCUGGCCAGGGCGGUGGACGCGGUGAGCUGCCACCUGGGGGUGACGGCCGCCCCCUCCUGGAGCCGGGUGGCUCUGCACCACGACUGCAUACCCCAGUACCACGUGGGACACGGACGCAGAGUCGAGUCCAUGCGGCGCUUCAUCAGGGACAACAGCCUCUCUCUGUCUCUGGUGGGCUCCUCCUUCGACGGCGUGUCGGUGAACGACGUGAUCUUCGCUGGACGCAGCGCCGUGGAGACGCUGGCCGGGACAACUACGUGACCUCAGCAUGGAAAUGUUAAUUUAACCAAAUUAAAUGUGCUCAAGUCCUCUCUGUUAUUUUUUUCUUCUUCUAAAAACGGACAUUCAAACAUUUUAUGUGUCUUUGAAGGUUUUCUGUUCUCGGUAACGACAACACGUCCUAUUUUUAACUUGUAAAUAAAACCAAAGAUCAGUGGUAGAUUUUAAUCUUU